AGUCUGAAGCUAACAAUGUUUAUCACUAGACUUGCCAUUUUUGUGCUUCUUAUCGUUUCGAUUAGCCAAGCAAAGGAAAACCAACCCUUUGACUUCUUCGAAGGAACCUUUGACGAUUUUGCUGAUUGUCUAAAAAUCAAUAAUAUUACCAUUGGCGAGUAUGAAAAGUUCGACGAUAGCAAUAAUUUGGAUAAUGUCCUCAGGGAAAAUGUCGAACUGAAGUACAAGUGCAACAUCAAGUGUCAACUGGAAAGGGAGCCAACCAAAUGGCUAAAUGCUCGAGGGGAACUCGAUCUGAAGGCAAUGAAGGCAACCAGUAAGGCAGCGGAAUCGAUAUCAAAGUGCAUGGAAAAGGCUCCCAAGCAGUCCUGCGCCUACGUCUAUAAACUGGUAAUAUGUGCAUUUAAGGCUGGACAUCCCGCCAUCAAAUUCAAAUCAUAUGACCACAUACCAGAGGAAACCGCAGCACCUGCAGCAGAACAUCAGGAUUAUCUGGAUGAUUUGGAUACCCUCGAUUUGUAAAUAACAAAACAGUGUCGCCAUAGUCACUACAAUAUAAAAAAUGUUAAUUUGCGGGCUUAUUAGCAUAAUUAAUUAAAAUUGCACGAGGCGUGCCGCAGGGCGCUGAAAUCAAAUCAAACCGA